CAGUUUUACUUGCGGCCUGGGGGCGGCAGUGCAGCGCAGUGUGGCGGCUCGUUCAUUCAGCGCAGAAGGAGCGCACGCUGUGAGUGGUUUUGUUGAAGAUGGCUGAGUAUUUGGCCUCUAUUUUCGGGACAGAGAAAGACAAAGUUAAUUGUUCUUUCUACUUCAAAAUUGGAGCAUGCCGUCAUGGGGACCGGUGUUCCAGACUCCACAACAGGCCCACCUUCAGCCAGACUAUUGCCCUCUUGAACAUAUACCGGAACCCUCAAAACUCGGCCCAGUCUGCUGAUGGAAUAAAUGCAGUCAGUGAUGUAGAGAUGCAGGAGCACUAUGAUGAGUUCUUUGAGGAGGUCUUCACAGAGAUGGAGGAGAAGUAUGGAGAGGUGGAGGAGAUGAACGUGUGUGAUAAUCUGGGUGACCAUUUGGUGGGAAAUGUCUAUGUGAAGUUCCGUCGUGAGGAGGAUGCGGAGAAGGCUGUGCUGAACCUGAAUAACCGUUGGUUUAAUGGCCAGCCCAUCCAUGCUGAGCUUUCCCCUGUCACAGACUUCAGGGAGGCUUGCUGCAGGCAGUAUGAAAUGGGAGAGUGCACUCGAGGUGGCUUCUGCAAUUUCAUGCAUCUAAAGCCGAUCUCACGGGAACUCAGGAGAGAGCUGUAUGGCCGCCGACGGAAGAGGCAUCGCUCCCGCUCUCGCUCUCGUGAACGGCGCUCUCGUUCCCGUGACCGCAACCGAGGAGGUGGAGGUGGACGGGACCGUGAACGGCGGAGGUCCCGCGAUAGAGAACGCUCGGGAAGAUUUUAAAACCAUCCACUCUCCUUCCUGCUCACAACUUGCCCUCAAGUGGUCAUCUUCAGCCCUAAUGACAAAAAAUGUAACUGUUGUGUUUUUACAUUACUUGACUUUGUUCUUUUUUUUUUCCCUUUUUCUUUUCUGUAGCCCCCACACCCCUUCCCUUUGUCCUGUAUCUCAUUUUUACACACGUAGUUUUGGUUUCUCAAUAAAAAAAAAAAAAAAAAAAACCUUAGUAAUUGUACUCUGGCCCUGUAGUAUCUACUUCCAUGACGCACAGGUUACUGAUGCAACAUAUCGACCUUGACUUUGUCUUUAUUUUGUGAGCUUAAAAAGCUAAAAUAACUGCUUAUGAUUAAGGGAAAGGGGAUCUGUUAGGGUGCUUUUGGCACAAAUGUAUGUGGAAUGACUGUGGAAUAGCAUGUAUUUGUGUCUUACUGAUGAUUUGCUUCCAGCUGAUUGACUGACUGACUUUUUUUUUUUUUUCAUUUUUGCUAUCCAAAUUAGACAAAGUAUUGUCAAACAUGAAUUACUGUUAUUUUAAAAUUUGUUCCAGAAAUGGUUAUGGCCAGAAUUAAAUUUCAAAUCAGUA